UUUGCUCGGGCGCAGUGUUAGUUCACGUGCUUAAAUGAUAUCGUAAAGAAAUCUAUUAUUUUUAGUACUUAAAUUAUUUUUUAAAAAAAUGUUUAUCAAAUUAAGUGUUAUAAUUUCGAUCCUUCAUCUUACCAUCGCCCAGACAGAAAAUCACGACUGGGAGUUGGCAGUGGUUACAAACGAUAAAAUAGAAUUAUUAUUAUCAAAUGGGUCGAUAAUAGGGUCAGCAUUUGAACAAUUUAACAAAUUAAAAGCAUUAACAUUUGAUAAUAUACGUCAUCAAUUCGUUGUGAGUGAUAUGGACCAACAAAACGACACUAUCUUUUCUGUUCAACUUACCAAAGAGACUGAUGUGACAUCCAUUAUCGAAGAUCUUCCCGAUGAUGUCCAGGGAUUAGCUAUAGAUCCCAUUUCCGAUAUUUUAUACUGGACCGAUUCAAUUAAUAAAACUAUUAAUUAUGUACGUUUAAACGAAUCUGCUUACAAAUCAAACAUUCUUUUUGCGUUUACAGAUGAGAACCCUCAAGACAUAACUAUCGAUGUAUGUCGCCGGUAUAUUUACUGGACAAAUUCAGACAUCAACAAGCCAACAAUCGAAAGAGCAAGAUUGGAUGGUUCCCAUCAUGAAAUUCUGGUAGAUGCAGGUCUGCACAGACCGGCAGGAAUAUCAAUCGACUACAAAACACAAAGACUUUACUGGGCUGAUAUCAAAGAAGGCAUUUAUUACAGCAUCGAAAGUACAAACUUAGAAGGCAAAGAACGCGAAGUGGUGUACGAAGGGACACACUCAAAACCCUUCGGAGUGGCGGUUGAUUCAGAUGCAGUUUACUGGACAGACAUUAAUAACAAUGUCUUGUGGAAAAUUCCGAAGCACGACAAAGACUCAGUUCCUGAACGCCUCCGUCACUUCAAAGAAAAACCGAUGGGUAUCAUUGCCAAAAAUGUACAAAUCACAAGUUUCCCCGAUUGUGAGGAACUAUCAAAAGCCAUAAGUAGUUAUAAUAAAACAGUUGAAGAAAUAUUCAAGCGCGUAUCGCAAGAGAGUGAAGAGACGGAAGAAGUGAUUUGCCUUAAUGGUGGAUUUCUAGUCGAUGAUAAAUUCUGCCAUUGCCCUCGCGGUUACGCUGGGAAAUUCUGCGAAAUAUCUUUAUGUUACAAUUAUUGUGUUCACGGCGAGUGCUAUGCCUCGUCUUUGGGGUAUCCCCAAUGUCACUGCCUCAAGGGUUUUGGGGGAAAGAGAUGCAACAGGGAUAUGUGUGACGGGUUUUGUUUGAACGGAGGAGUCUGUAAACGUGGAGGAGAAUUACCUAUUUGUGAGUGCCAGGAGGGAUUCACAGGUCGUAGAUGUGAAAGUACACUUGACAUCUGCGAGGUCUUUUGUCAAGACCGACAAAAUGAUGUUUUGAUAACACAAAAAGAAGUUGUUUGUAGAUGUGUUGAUGGAUAUCCUGACGUUGUUCAGUCAAAUUUUUCAUCACUUCCAUUGUUAUUAUCUCAAGAAGAGCAUCCAGACUUUUUUGACCAUUUUCAAGACACGGCAUUUUUAGUUUUGUGUUGUUUAGUUUUCAUAUUGAUGGUUGUGUCUGUCGUGUUGGCAACAUAUGCUUGUUCCUUACGAAGAAGACCAAGGAUUAAGAAGCGAAUUAUAGUAAAUAAAAAUUUCACACAACUUACUAACAGACCACGAGCAUCAGAACAGUGUGAGAUCACCAUCGAAAAUUGCUGCAAUAUGAAUAUUUGUGAAACGCCUUGCUUUGAGCCUCCUCAACUGCCAUGUUUGCAAAACAAGAAUGACGAUAAAAAGAAAUUACUUUCGAAUAUGGAAAAUGGUGAAGAAUUAUGCUAAAAAACUAUCUAUAUUAGAUAGGCUGUGACUUCCAAAAAGUAUUAAAUUGUUAAGUUUGCUAUUUAUAAUUAGAAACGAAGACUUAACUACCUAAAUAUCUGACGUGAAAAUGAGAACUGCACACAAAAUUACUUUAUAUAAUAUUUAUAUAAUUAAUUCACGGGCAGCUUUUCGUUUUGUGUGCUGUUUCUCAUCCUUGAUUUUAUAAUUUUGACUUGAAAGAAACAUUCCUGGAAUAACUCGAAAAUGUUUCCAUGACAAAACAAGUAUUCAUACGUAAACCUUGGUUUUUCCCCCCGCGUGGACACCAAAACAAUUCUGCGUUUCACAAAUCAUUAGCAAUCAAAUUGAAUUUAAUUAAUGACUGCAGCAAAGUUGUGGUACUUACAAAUGUUAGCUCAUAAACUGAGUAAAAAUACAACAAAAAAAUGUAACUGACACCAAGACAUUUAUUGGAAAACUGAUUGGAUGUUUUUUUAUAUUUGGUGCAAUGGUUUUACAUUUUAUUUGUUUAGGUCAGAUUAUUAUUUGUGAUAAUUAAAAUUUUGGCAAAGCUGAGAAAUUUAUUCUAGUUAUUUUAUUGGGCGAAUCUUAAAUUUCUUAUUAGUUUCAAGGUUGUGAGUAGGUUAGUUACAAAAAUGGCCAAAUAGCAACUAAUAAAAGGUGCCUAUAAGGUUUGAUUAAGUUUGGAGAAAUAAUAAUUGUGAACAAUUGUGUACAGACAAACUAUCAUUUCGGGCCUAGAAUCAUUUAAUGAAUCUUAUUGCGUUGCCCUCUGUAGCAGUUUUUUUUAUUGAUUCAUUUAAAGUAAAUCAUGUCUUAAAGGUGCAUCCAUUUAAAUUACUUAAGUGGGUGUGGUUCGUAAUAUCCACAUCAGAAAUGUGAUAUUAUAACUAUGUAGCUCUAUUUUUCAAAUGUAUAUAAAUUUUUUAAUAAAUAAAAUAAUGUUGAAACGUU